GGCCUCACCCCGGAUCUGAGUUCUUGUUUUGACAUGAUUCUGAAGGAGGUUUCAUUAAAUAUUUGUUAAAUUGAUUCAGGGUUGGUGUCGUAACCGUUUGGACACUGUUUUGGCUGCUGCCACCCAACUGAAGGACGUAAGAUUUCUGCAAACGUGUGCUGAGAGUUGAGGUGAAAGUUUGUUAAAAGGAAUGGCAGACUGUAGAGCUGAAGGCUGUGAGGAGGAAAAAGACAACUUCAGUGGUCGACAGGGAGGACAGAGAAGACUGAUCAUUCAACCAGCAUCUUUAGACAACCCCAAACUCAGCAAACUUAAAGAGGUUUUGGUGGAAUGGACCAACAGAACUCUGAAAGACGAACACAUUGUGGUGAGAUCGCUGGAGGAAGACCUGUAUGACGGACUCGUCCUUCAUCACCUGCUACGCAGGUUGGCAGGUGUACAGUUACAGGUAGACGAGAUUGCGUUGAGCGCCGAAGCACAGGUACACAAACUAGAGGUGAUCCUCGCCGCUUUGAACGAGACCUUAGAGAUUAACGAGGAAAAGGCCAAAUGGAGUGUUAAACUCAUUCACAGCAGGGACCUAUUGGCUACAAUGCAUCUUCUGGUUUCCAUGGUGAGGUGUUUCCAGCCUGAUCUGGUCCUUCCUGCUAAUGUUAGCGUGGAGGUGAUCCAGUGUGAGGUCACCAAAAGUGGCAUCAAGUCAGACAAGCAGACAGAAUUCAUCACUUUUCAAAGUAAUUCGAGAGAAGAUCUUGAGAGGGAAUCAAACAAGGAAUGUCCCAUUGAUGAGCUCUUCAAACUGGAAGAGCACAAAAUUGAGACAGUGAAAAAGGCUAUUUUACACUUUGUGAAUAAGAACAUAUCAUCUCUUGGACUAAAUGUGACUGACCUUGAGAAACAGUUUGCAGAUGGAGUGAUUCUACUUUUGUUGAUCGGUCAGUUGGAGGGGUUCUUCAUCCCGCUGUGCGAGUUUCACCUCUGCCCCGUCGGUUUCUCGGAAAUGCUCCAUAAUGUCACACUUGCAUUGGAUUUGCUCAUAGACAGAGGCCUUCCAGUCCAGUCUGUUAAUCCUGAAGAUAUUGUGUCCCAAGACGUUCCAGCAACUGUAAAAGUGUUGUAUUACUUAUUCAGGAGACAUAAAAACAAAUAACUCACCCCUCUCUGGAGCUGAGUUGAAUGUCAAAAUACAUUGGCACUCAGAGUAAGAAUGUUUGAGUGAAUUGAGCCAAUUUUACAGAGUGACUCUGAAUCAUUUGAAGAGGGAUCAGAGAGAAUAUGGACACUCAUCUCAUCAUACAGUAUAAAGUAAAAGUAUAAUGUGCAUUAUUCUAAAUAUAUCACACAACAAUUUUUGCCGAAUUGCAGCUUGUUUUCAAAUAAAAGUGGCACAACUUAUAGCUGUGAAACAACAUCGU